GUAAAAGCACCGCGAGUUUCGUUAGUUCCAAGCAGGCAUCAAGAAGAGAGAAGAAAAACUUGUUUAACUCCUCUUUUUCAACUUCAGUGGUGUUUGGCCUUGUUCACGAAGAGAUCUAAAGAUGUCGUCAGGCGCUCUCUUUCCAAGCUUGGUGAGCGGCUCCAGGGGAAGUUCCAGCAAGUACCUGGUAGAGUUUCGGGCAGGUAAAAUGACCCUCAAGGGAAAUGUAGUGACCCCAGACAAACGCAAGGGCAUGGUGUACAUCCAGCAGUCUGAUGAUUCCCUGAUUCACUUCUGCUGGAAGGACAGGACGACGGGAAACGUGGAUGAUGACCUGAUCAUCUUCCCCGAUGACUGUGAAUUCAAGCGAGUGAACCAGUGCACUACUGGACGUGUUUAUGUGUUGAAGUUUAAGGCCGGAUCCAAGAGGCUGUUCUUCUGGAUGCAGGAGCCAAAGACUGACAAAGAUGAGGAGUACUGUCGUAAGGUGAACGAAUACCUCAACAACCCUCCAAUCCCCGGAGCACCAGGCAGCGGGGGCGGCAGCGGCCAUGAGCUCUCUGCGCUCGGAGGAGAGGGAGGUCUGCAAAACCUGCUGGGAAACAUGAGCCACAACCAGCUAAUGCAGCUGAUUGGACCAACAGGACUGGGAGGACUGGGUCUGGGAGCUCUAGCAGGACCAGGACUCUCAAACUUGCUGGGCAGCGGAGGACCGGCCACCAGCAGCUCCUCCUCCAGCUCUCGUAGCCAGUCGACGGCAGCCACUCCCUCCACUGGUGGAGCCCCCAGACUGAGCUCCUCUCAGGCCCCCACAACCCCUGUGACUCCUGCUGCCUCUGCUGUCUCUCCCACUAGUGUGGCUCCCUCCACACCAGCCUCAGCUCAGACCCCGGUGGUCCCUGCCUCUGUGGGGAGUCCUACCUCCCACCAGCCCAUCCAGCUCAGUGACCUUCAGAGCAUCCUUGCCACCAUGAACGUCCCUGCUUCAGCUGCUCAGGGACCAGCAGUGGACCUGGCGAGUGUUUGCACCCCAGAGCUGAUGGCUCCCAUCCUGACUAACGCUGAGGUGCAGCAGCGGCUCUUGCCUUACCUCCCCAGUGGAGAAAGUUUACCUCAGAACGCAGAGGAGAUCCAGAACACCAUCAACUCUCCCCAGUUUCAGCAGGCGAUGAGUAUGUUCAGCAGUGCCUUGGCCUCCGGGCAGCUUGGUCCUCUCCUGACUCAGUUUGGUCUGCCGACAGACGCUGUGGAUGCUGCGAACAGAGGAGAUGUGGAGGCGUUUGCGAGAGCCAUGCAGGCCAGCAAAGGAGACUCCAAAGAGAAGAAGGAAGAUGAUGAGGACAUGAGUCUGGAUUAGAAAAGCUCACGCUGCCAAACAGUUAGAAAAAUAUCUGUGAUUCCUUUUAUAAUCUUCACUUUUUCUGUCUUUGUUUUCAUGUUGUCUUUCACUUUUGUAUACCAAAGACAACGGCACCGGGUUAACAGCUGUUUUACUGUGAACAUUAGAAAGCUGUUUGUUUUUACUGGGAUGAACUUAAGUUUGACUUCACUCUGUUCUUACACUGCAGUGCUUAAUAUGUUGGGGAUAUUUUUGGUGAUUUUCUCUUUAAUAAAAAAUCAUACUGGCAAGUAAAAAACA